GAGAGGUUUAGUGUGUGGAGCUGCUCGCGCUCCGCCCGGGCUGUCAGUCCCUGCUCCAGCCGCCGCGAGACCUUCCCGGAGACGCGCACACACACAGCGCACCCCCCACACACCGUACACCCUCGCUCCCUUGCUCACACACACGCACACACUCAGCCUGGCCGAGCAGGAGCCACUGACCAUUUUGCAAGUGCUGGGACCAGCUGCAGCGCGGUGGGCACAAACACUCCGCGUUCCCAUUCUGGGUUUUCGUCUGGGAAAGAACGACGAGUAGCGAACGUGGGCUCCGACGCCGACCAGGCGCCGGGCACUGGUCGGGCCGCCUUCCUGGCAGAGCCGCUCCCUGGGACAGGCGCGGGCCUCGACAGAGUGGAAUAAAGAGGAGCGGCCGCAGCCACUGCGCGAGGAGGAUGGGAACUCCCCUAUUUCCAGCACUGUAACAAACGGAUGGAAAUCCUGAAUGGAGGAACCGCUGACUUCAUUUGCUUGGGAAAAUCGUCCAGAGGAACUCAAAUUUGGCUACUCUGAGCAGUGGAGGGGGUGUCCAUGACGUGGCAGGGGGAAAAUAGACAACCGAAACCUCCCGUGUGAAUUGCAAACUGUGACCAAGCAAGGGAAAAAUGAUUUCUCUCUGUAUUUUAAUAGCAUCCAAAGGGUUUCAAGCAUCUGUACCAUAAACUUACUUCUAUGUCUUGUACCCACUUCAGCAGAAACCAGAGGAGUCCUGUCUGGGGGCCCCAUCAUUAUCCAGGAGACCCGCCGCCAGCGGCCUGCUUUCCUUUACCCACAUCUCUCUGGAUCGGAUUUCUGUUUGGGGUACAACAUCUAUCCUAUAGAACUAUGGUCAAAUUUCUGGGACUUAACUCCUAGAACCUAUGCGUGGGGCUGGAAUUAUGCCCAAUGCAUCUAAAGAAAUGACAUUUUAAACUGUUUUAAAAUACCUUGGUUUUCUUAAACCGGUAAAACAGGAUUUGAUAGGCUCACAAACAUGACAGGUAAGAACUUUCUCUCUUUCUAGUCUCUUAACGACUGUCGCAGAGGAGGCCGAAUCAGAGCAGGACCCAGGAGGAAGGAGAGCCCAGGGACCCGUGUGCCCUUCGGGGCUCUCGGGCUCUCGGCCUGGCGACUGCUUUCGGGAGAGGCGCAGCCCUGGUUCCUGGACCACAGGGCCAGCGGCUGGGGAAGCUUCUGGGGCGCGCGAGGGUAGGCGGCGUUGCGCUCCACCUGCCCUGCCCCGGACGCAACCCUGAGACAAGGCGUCGAGGGACGACCCCAAAUCAAUAUUGGGAUUUUUAAUAAACCAAGGAAUGGGAUUUUAAUUAUUCAAAACCCAGCUUCUCUGGGCCAGAUGCUGUUGGGAUGGUCCGGGUCACACAAUAUUAAAGAGACCGAUCACUAAGAGGACGAGAAGAGUGUCUGAGACAUCCCUUGCAAUUACGAAUGAACCAGACUUGGUAGCAUGGGGCAUUGAUUGCUGGUGCCCAACCGGACCCUCCUCCCCUCUCCCGGUUCCUCCCCCACCCCACCCGAGGCAGGCUCCCGCGGCGGCCGGGACCUCACGUCCCUGCAUCGUGGCCGGGGCUGCAUUUUUCAUGAGCCCGGGGUGAACAGGUGCGAAGUGCGCUGGGAGCAUCCGGCCGACGGCCGGGCACCGGGAACCGGGAACAUGGAGAGCGAGCGCGACAUGUAUCGCCAGUUCCAGGACUGGUGCCUUAGGACUUACGGGGACUCAGGCAAGACCAAGACGGUGACCCGUAAAAAAUACGAGCGGAUCGUCCAGCUCCUCAACGGCUCCGAGUCGAGCUCCACGGACAACGCCAAAUUUAAAUUCUGGGUCAAAUCGAAGGGCUUCCAGCUGGGCCAGCCCGAUGAGGUCCGCGGGGGAGGUGGCGGCGCCAAGCAAGUGCUCUACGUGCCGGUCAAGACCACGGAUGGAGUAGGAGUAGAUGAGAAGCUGUCUUUGCGGCGAGUAGCUGUGGUUGAAGAUUUCUUUGACAUUAUCUAUUCGAUGCAUGUGGAAACAGGGCCAAAUGGAGAACAAAUUCGGAAACAUGCUGGACAAAAGAGAACUUACAAAGCAAUUUCAGAGAGCUAUGCCUUCCUACCAAGAGAAGCGGUGACACGAUUUCUAAUGAGCUGCUCAGAGUGCCAGAAAAGAAUGCAUUUAAACCCAGAUGGAACAGAUCAUAAAGAUAAUGGAAAGCCUCCCACUUUGGUGACCAGCAUGAUUGACUACAACAUGCCAAUUACCAUGGCCUAUAUGAAGCAUAUGAAAUUGCAGCUGCUAAACUCACAGCAAGAUGAGGAUGAAAGUUCAAUAGAAAGUGAUGAAUUUGACAUGAGUGACUCAACACGGAUGUCAGCUGUGAACUCUGAUCUUAGCUCCAAUCUUGAGGAAAGAAUGCAAAGUCCCCAGACUCUUCACGGUCAGCAAGAUGAUGAUUCUGCUGCAGAGAGCUUUAAUGGCAAUGAGACUCUGGGGCACAGUUCAAUUGCUUCAGGGGGAACACACAGCAGGGAGAUGGGAGACUCCAACAGCGAUGGCAAAACUGGGGUGGAACAGGAUGAACAGCCACUGAAUCUGAGUGACAGUCCCCUCUCUGCACAACUGACUUCAGAAUACAGAAUAGAUGAUCACAGCAGUAAUGGAAAAAGCAAAUAUAAGAAUCUUCUAAUUUCUGACCUCAAGAUGGAACGAGAGGCAAGAGAAAAUGGAAGCAAGUCUCCUGCACAUAGUUACUCGAGCUAUGACUCAGGCAAAAAUGAGAGUGUAGACCGAGGCGCCGAGGACCUGUCACUCAACCGGGGGGAAGAGGAUGAAGAUGACCACGAUGACCAUGAUGAUUCUGAGAAAGUUAACGAGACGGACGGUGUGGAAGCGGAAAGGCUGAAAGCUUUCAAUAUGUUUGUCAGGCUGUUUGUAGAUGAAAACUUGGACCGAAUGGUCCCAAUCUCUAAGCAGCCCAAAGAAAAGAUCCAGGCUAUCAUUGACUCAUGCAGGCGACAAUUCCCUGAGUACCAAGAGCGAGCCAGAAAACGUAUACGUACUUACCUCAAGUCCUGCAGGCGGAUGAAAAGAAGUGGUUUUGAGAUGUCUCGACCUAUUCCUUCCCACCUUACUUCAGCAGUUGCAGAGAGUAUCUUGGCUUCAGCCUGUGAGAGCGAGAGUAGAAAUGCCGCCAAGAGGAUGCGUCUGGAUAAACAGCAGGACGAAUCUGCUUCAGCAGACAAACAGUGUAAACCAGAGGCCGCCCAGGCUACCUACUCAACGUCGACUGUUCCCGGCUCACAGGAGGUCUUAUACAUCAAUGGAAAUGGGACCUACAGUUACCAUAGUUACAGAGGCCUAGGAGGAGGACUGCUAAACCUGAACGAUGCUUCCAGUAGUGGACCCACUGAUCUCAGCAUGAAGAGGCAGCUGGCAACUAGCUCGGGGUCCUCUAGCAGCUCGAGCUCCAGACCUCAGUUGAGUCCAACAGAAAUCAAUGCCGUGAGACAGCUUGUCGCAGGAUAUCGAGAAUCAGCUGCAUUUUUAUUGCGUUCUGCAGAUGAACUGGAAAAUCUCAUUUUACAACAGAACUGAGUCAAAUGAUGACCGUAUUCACUGAGUUCUAAAUUUGCAGUUUCCACUAAUGACAUUUUGAUUUCCCAGCAGAGAUACUUCUGGUCUUACUGCACAAUCUUUUAAGAGAAAUACUUCCAUUAUGCCACACUGUCCUUGAUCCAUAAAGUGAUGUGUUAAGGUGCUUCAAAGGAACUUUGACCUCUGAAGUACUUGAGAUACUUAAAUGUGUUCAGCCUAUUUGCUUUUUGUUUUAGUGUGUCAGCAUAAGUUUCAUGGCAAAAAAAAAAAAAAAAAAAGGCUGCAUAUUCUUAAUUCAAGGAUAACACAGAAGAAGCUUGUGGUAUAAAAAAAUAGUUCAAGAUCCAACUGAAAUAUUAGUGGAAUUUGCUACUGACUCAUUGGACUGAAAACAGAAGUAUCUGGCAAAAAAAAAAAAAAAAAAAAAAA